AUGGUGAAUGGUGAUAUUGAAGUAAUUUUUGACUGUGACAACAUAAUUCAACCUGAUAGUGAUACAGAGAAUGUUGGUCAACAAAAUAACCCUAUUCUAAUCAUAGUUCCUCCUGAUGGCCAAUUACCAAGUUCUAGUGGAACACAAGCUAUAAAUUCAGAAAAAGAAGACAAUAUUGAAAAUAUAAUUUUGAGUUUGAAAGUAACUGAUUUUAUUCAAGUAAAAUAUCUUUAUGACAAAAAUACUAAAAAAUCUACCUUUAAACAUUUUGUGUGCCAAAUAAAAACAAUAACAAAAAGUAUUAAAGGAUUAAUUUUUAUAAGCAGUUUUAUGAGAGGAUAUAAAGGAUCUAAAAGUACAUUUGUUUAUCCAGACGUUGAAGAUAUAAUGGAAGUUACAGCUGAAAAUAUUGUCAAAAAGUUACAAAUUAUUCAUGAAAAGAGAGGAAAGUACAUGUUCAACACAUUGUUACCAUAA